UGAUUAUUGACUUCUACUUGACAUAUUGACUGUUUUGAUGAUACUGAUAGUGGAAUUUCUAAAUAUUGAUUUAAUUCCAUAACUAUUUCAUUUUUAUUUGAUAAAAGCAAGGGAAGAUAAGGUGAAGCCUUAUUACCCCAUUUAGACCGGUUUUUGAUGCUUCAAUUUAAGCCCGUUUUUAUGCCACAUCAUUUUUCUACUGAACAUUCUAUCCAUGUCCAAGAAAAAAUCGAAAUUUCCAAGUGAGGCACUUUUUUCAAGAAGUUCUUGUAUGUGAAAUGCAUCUGUGUCAGUGAAUAUAUUGCAGUGAUGGAGAAAGACGGGGAAAGCAAAUUCAUAAUGAUAGACUUGACCACUAAAGAAGAAAUUGAAGAUGCUGACACCAAAGAUGCAUGUUCAACAUCUGACCUGGUGGAUAGAAUAAAGAAAGAAGAAAUACCCAUUGAAGAAUUGGACCAAUGUGAAAUGAUAGAUGUAAAAGACCAAAACUUAUUUAAAAUUGAAAUUAAAAAUGAAGAACUAGGAAGUCAUGAAGAUAUGGAUACUCUAGACCCUGCAAUUCAUUGUGAUAAACCUUCAAUGGAGAGUGUGAUGCUGGACAGUAUUAAAAGUGAAAAUGCAGAAAUAUAUCCUCUGCAGCUCAAAGAAGAAUUAGAUAUCAAGGAUGAAACUGAUCCAUCCUCAGAAUCUGCUGGUGUAGAAAGUUCUGCAGAAAACACGACGGCACAAGUUAACUCCACGUCCAGUAAAUCUAAUUUAAAUGAGCUCAUGGCACAGUAUGAUAGAAUACAUUCAUUAGAAUCUAAAUGUAAACACAUAUUUCACCCUUAUCAACCAAAAUCGAAUACAUACAUUUGUUUACAAUGUAAGGCGACAUUUUAUCUAGAAGAUGGACUUAUUAAGCAUCUAUUUCCAAAUCAAUGUAAAUAUUGCUAUAGAAUUUUUAAACAAAAACGUCUGUUAGAUAUCCACCAGGCCAAAAGACAUCGUAAUCUGUCUCUUCCCCCGUAUGUAAGUUCUUCCAACAAACCCAUACUAAGUACAUUGAAAUGUCUACAUUGUAAGGCGAUAUUUAAUCAGGAAGAUAAACUUGUUGAGCAUCUAUUUGAAAAACAUCGAAAUGUUACUUCAUUCACAGCUGAAGUGCACGGUUUGUACGAGUCUUUUGAGUACUUGAAAUGUACAAUAUGUUCGUUUAGAACUAACAAAGGUAUGAUAUGGCUAGAUAAGCACCUGGUACGAAAACAUCCAGACUUCAUCAAACCCAUUGCUAGCAAAACUUACGAAUACAGUGAUUUUUCUUUCAAAACCAAUAUCCAAGAUAACCCCACAAAACAUAUUGUGGCCAAAGAAGUUCUUCCUCCUUAUGUGAGUCCUGUCAAGAACCUUAAAUCAAAUACUUUGACAUGCUUGCAUUGUUUAGCACCAUUUAGUCAAGAAGUUAAACUUAAUCAUCAUCUGUAUGAAAAACAUCCUAAUAUUACUAUGCUCAUAUUUGAAGUACAUGGUUUGAAUCAUUUGGGAGGUCGUGUUGAGUAUUUGGAAUGUAAAAUAUGUUCGUUUAGAACGAAUAAAGGUAUGAUAAGGUUAGAUAAUCAUAUAAUUGAAACACAUCCAGACGUUGUCAAACCCAAACGUAGCGGAAUCCACGUGUGUAAUCAUUGUUCUUUCAAAACCACUGUCCAAGAUAACCUCAUGAAACAUAUGAAGGCUAAAGAACAUGUUGGCCUGUCUCUUCCCCCUUAUGUAGGUUCUGUCAAGAAACUCAAAUCAAGCACAUUGAAAUGUUUACACUGUGAGGCGACAUUUAAUCAGGAAUCUAAACUUGUUGAGCAUCUAUUCAAGAAACAUCCUACUCUUACGUUGCUUACAACUAAAGUAGAUGGCUCGAAUGCUUCUGUGGGAUAUUUGAAAUGUACAGUCUGUACGUUUAGAACUAAUAAAGGUAUGAUUUGGAUGGAUAAUCAUAUAGUUGGAAAACAUCCAGAGUUCGUAAAAUCCAUUGGUAGUGGAAUUUACUUAUGUAGCGAUUGUCCUUUCAAAACUAAAAUCCGAGAGAUCCUCGCGAAACAUAUCCUAGAACACGAUUCGCCAGCUACGGAGUCAGCAGCUUUUGAAGAAAAACAGUGCUCAUUGUGUCCAUUUAAAACGUAUAUCAAAGAAAAGAUGCGCCUACAUAUGCAAGACCAUGAGGUUUCUGAUGAACAAGAAACAUAUUCAUGCUGCUCUUUCAAAACUACAAGUAAACAAGCGUUGGAUGAACAUAUCAUAGAAGACCAUUUUGAUCAGAUAAAGUCGGUCAGCAGUCCAGUACUCGAAUGUGCCCAUUGCUCCUUCAAAACCACUAUGGAGUCUAAACUCGUCAAACAUAUAUCUGCACAUAAGGCAGUGUUAAAGAUUAAACAUAGAUGGUCAAAAUGCAAUGUUGGCGUUACAUCGAAAAGACAACUUAAUGAACAUGUUGCUAAAAGUCAUCCAGACUCUGUUGGAAGUACUGAACCAACUAGCAACGGAGGGUUUUUAUGUGGACAUUGUGAUUUUACAGCCAACAACGAAUUGGAUCUUUCUAGACAUUGGGAGUCAGAACACAGGCACAAAUGUACCUUUUGUAAUAUGAUAUGCGUAAGCAAGCGCGGUGUGCUCAAUCACCUGAGAAUGGUACACAACAUGUACAUAGGCUAGUUUUGGCAGAUGUUAGAUGAACUGUGAUUCAUUAACUGAUAAAUGGUGUCCCAAAAUUAACGCAAGUUUUGAAUUAAAUAGGCUUGUGGCACCGUUUUGUUGAAACUACAUAUUGGACAUAUCCAAUUUCGGUGUUAUCAUGUCGCGAUAUGCAGGACCAGUAACAGUUACUACCUCACCACCCAACUAGCAAAGUAGUGCUAUAAGCUUUUGGUAAAAGAACCGUUCAGCCAUAAAAGCGCUCUAUUGUUGUUGCCUGAACACCAAAAUGCUGGCUUAAUGUUGUGAGGAAUGCAAAUUUGCUUUCUGCAACAUUUUUGCUCUAAAAUGAGGUGUUUAAAAUAUUCUUAUAGCAUAGUUACACAACACCUUAUAGGACAAAUUUUUAACUGUUGCAUAAACGUUUAUACAACUAUUUUAUACGGCAUAUUUGCAGGUUAGUCAAAAUGGUUGUGUUGUGGCAUCCAUGGUGACGUUUAUAAAACAAACCCGAGCCUUGUUGUUUUGCUGUGCAAAUUUACUACUUUAGCCAACAAAUUGCUCCCAACGGAAGCACUUAUACAACUGUUGUUUAGUAACUGUUAAAGGCUGUACAUGUGCUAAAUAUGUUGGUAUAGAACUUCACCAUAACCUAACUUUCUGCUGUCAUAUUUUUGUUAAAAUGCCAUAACCAAUGUUUUAAGGCAAACAACGCAUGCAUCUUGGUAAAAAAGGUUUUAUCAACUGUUCAAACAGAAGAUAUAGAUCUGGUACAAAUUCUAGAUAAAUCAUUCGACUCUGUCGGUAUUUCAUUUCUGACAUUUGUCAAAUUGUUGUAUAACACCUGCAGGCAACACCAAAAUAUUCCAAUAAACUAAAGACAACAUGGACGAUGCCAUGAUUUUACACAACCACCCGCCAUAUUGGGCAAACAUUAAUUCCUCUAUUUGAUAUUAAAUAAUUAUGUUUCAGUUCGAAAUUACAGAUAUAAAGUGAUAAAUAUUAGUGUAAUUGUGUCUAAAUAUAGGAUUUGUGGAAGAUUUAACGCAGAUAAGUUCAGUUUUCCAUCUUAAAAAUCCAGACAUACUUUUGAUCAUUAUCAAAAUAUAAAUCAAAUACGAAGCCCGUAGAAAUUGCGUAACUACUUUGGACGAUAAUCACAAUCAAAUUUGCUACGCAAGUAAUUCAAUAGCCCUAUAUCACAGUGUAGAAGCUUAUCAUAUACCUGUGUAUGAAAUUCACAAUGGCCGAUAUGUAAGUAAACAAGAUGACUGUAUUGUGUUAGUUAUAUAUUCUUCUCUUCGUCUAUACAAUACAUAAGAAAUAGUUUGGUUGCAAUAAAGUAGAAUCACGUAACAGAAUAGUUGUAUAGUUGACAAAAACUGAAUCUUGCACUGAUGCAAAUGUCCUAUAGCGGCUGCAAGAGGCUUACACUUUUGUUGUAUAACUGUUACCUGCAGCCCUUAUACAACCUCUUAAAUGACUGAAGUGUCCUAUUAGGUGUGCCCAUUCGGCUUGUAUAGCUGUUCUAAGAGGGUUUUGCCAAUGUUCUUACAGUAUACAAUGCUGUGUAAGGAAUACUGUAUAAUCAUUCUUGCAACUCUAAUAGGAGUGAUAAUUGUUAGUUGGGCAGUCUCAUUUUCAAAUAAGUAUGGUCCAAUGAUGCCUCCAGCCCAAAAUCCUAAUCAAACUGAAACGUUGUGGGUGCAUUUUUUUCAAUUUCGGCGAUUAACAAAGCCAUCAAGGUGAAAAUGUGCUUAAUCGCUUAGGAUGAUUUUGCUCGAAAAAUCAGCAUCCACUUGUUGAUGUUCAAAUAUCCAUUUCACGAACUCUCUUCGCUGUUCAUGGUCAUUAGGCGUUAGUGUUGAUUGAGUCUUGUAAGCAUGGGGUCACAUAUCAUUUGCGAGUAUACGCUGUAAAGAGCUUCUUGAACCUUGCAAUUAUUCUCCACGACGCUGAUUUGACGUUCCUGGGUUUUCACCAACACUCUCACGCGCUGGUUCGACAUGGACAUUUGAACGGCUUGUUUUUGGACGACCGGUGUGUGUAUCUAAAACUGUAAUGACUCAUCGAUGUUCACGUGAACAUCACUUAACUACCAGUAGUCGGCUGUUCAUAGGCGGAGUAUGAAUGUUUAACAUGGGUGAACUAGAUUUGUCACAUGUUUAAUAAAGAGUGGUUUGAAACAUAUUGUAAGUCAAAAAUUUGGGAAUUACCUCUAUUCAUCGUCGCUUCCACGUACAUCUGACAGUAAUAAACUGUCGCUAUCGCUUUCCUCGUUGAAAAUGACUAUAACUGGCUCUAUGAUGGUGUCGAUCUGGUGGUCAAGCUGCCACAUUUUUGUUUCUUCCUUCACAACAUGACGGAUAGCAUUCUGCCAAGCUUCGGGCGUUACUAGCUGUAUGGAAGUCUCAAGUAAAACCUUAACGUCUGGUAAUUUGAAGGUUGUGUUAAGGCGCGCAAUAUGACCCUUCACUUGAGCCCAGAUGAGCUCUACUGGGUUCAGUUCACAGUGGUGCAGGGAUUUCCUCAUUACCUCGACGCUCAUUUGGGGUAUAAUUUCAUUUUCCUUGAUCGCUGCAUAUACAGCCUUGAGGGUUGGUAUCUCAUUCCUAAAGAAGAAUGAAUGUACGGUUCGCCUUAACGACAUUUUGCUAUAGUCAUCCAAUUUAACCGCCUUUCGUCCCUUCAAAUUAAACUUGGGAUCAGUAGUAGCUCCAGUUUUCUUCUUUUCAUGCACCACCCUGCGAAUGGUCCACUCUGGAACGCCUGUCAUACUUUCACAACGCGCGAGUUCUGUUCAGAUAAUUGAACACGUUGAGCACGAUUUCUUUCGCGUCCCUCUUCAGUGCUUUACGAAGCCGUCUACUUGUUCCCUUUUCAGUACUUCCACUCGUGCCAUUUGUACUCUCCAUGGUUAAGUAUAACCAAAACAGUAACCACAGAAACCACAACAAUAACAAUCACACAACAAUUCUUAUAAAAACACACAAUAUGCGAUCGCUCAACGAAACACGUUCCAAUGCGUUGCCGACGCCUAUGAGUCUGCCGGUCGAGGCGCGUCUUUGAUUUCAUUGGUUCUACCGGCGGAGAACAAUCAGCCAUUAUUUCCCUCUCUGUCUAUGCUGUUGACCACCGCAAAGCCACAGAAACGACAUAUGUCGUACGCUAUACGGCUGUACUGGAAGGAAGCCGGGAUCGAGCUCUGAUCACGUGUUGAUCACGCGUAUGACUCAUUACAGUUUUAAAUAGUUGUAGUAUAACCGUAACCUCUCGGCUAUCAAAUUGCUCUUUUUUUAGGGCUGCCUACUAUUUACUGCAAACAUGGCGACAAAUUCAAAUCUUGCGUUAAUUAUGAACACCUUUCAUUUCUAAAUCAUGAAUUCCUUUAAUAAUCCCUGUACAAUCAUUGUAAUAUUCGAUAGAGUACAAUAAGAAUUGCGUGAUGUAAAAUGUGUUUUAUUGUAAUUUUAUUUUGUUUUGGGAAAAAUGUAUUACUCAUUGUAUACUGACAGUACAAUAAAUUCUUAGAUUCAGAUUGAAUGUUACUGAUAUACA